UCUCUCGGAGCCGCCAUGAGCCGGCCCCGACCCCCAGGCCCAGACGAGGAUGCUCUUGAGACCCUCCUGGAUGACCUCAUCAGCUACUACCUGGACAGGGCAGGGGAGGGCCGGCUUGGGGUCUGCAAGCAAGCAGCUCUCACCUGCAGGGCCCAGCGGCUGCUGGUCACAGGGGUCCCUCCUCAGCUCUAUCUGCCUGAGGAUGUGGCCCCUGAUCUGGGGACCACUCACUCCCAGGGGGCUCCCAGCUCUGCCCAGCACAUCUGCCGCAAACUGGUGCGGGCACUGGAGUUCCUAGAGCUGAUCUCCGUCAACCUACUCCUGUUUCCCUGGAGGAAGGAAAUCAGGUCCCUGAAGACAUACACAGGGAACUUUGUCUACUGGGUGCGGCCUGUGCUUUCUGAACACACACUGCAGACCAUUCUGGGCAGGCUGGGCUACAUGGCCACCUCCGAGGCCGAGUUUUCACUGGUCCAGGCCAGCAGCGAGGAGAACACCAAGCAGAUGGUGUUUGAGAUCUUCCUGACGAGAGUCAUGUGUGAGGCCGUUCUCGGAACCUCAGGCAGGCAGCUCCUCGGGCCGGGCAGAGAGAAAGCAGACGGGCCCCACUGCAGGCCGAGCUCAGAGAGAGGGCUGCUGAAGACCCACAAGGGCCUGCGGGAGGCCCAGUCAAGCCGAGGCCCCCCAGCAGGGGCGAGGACUGAGAGGGCCCUGGCUGAAAGCCCUGAUGGUCAGCGCUCUCUGCCUGUGGUCUUUAGCCUGCCUGAGAUCUCAAUCGCCCCCGGCAGCCCCCUCACUGGCCCCCCGGUCUCCUUGGGGCCCCAGCGCCGCGCCAGCACACGCUCGGACAGUGAGGAGUUUCUGACCUGCUACAGCGACCUUGUGCUGCACCAGACACCCUUGUUCCCCAGGGACCAUCCCCUGAGCAGCCUGAAGGGAAAGCAACUCCAGAGCCCAGGCCUGGGGCCCAGCCCACCUCCAGGGGAGGCAACUGCCCCCGCAGGUAACAGCAGCGAGCAGCCCCUGGUCCCCAGCGCAGCUCCUGAGAGAAAAGGGGUCACCAUUCCCGGCCAGCUCUGCCUGGUGCCAGGCCCCCAGUUGUCAGAGAAUUCCUUGGACCCAAAACCAGAAGCACAGCUGGAGGUGGCGGCCCCUGGUACAGAAGCUGCACCUCCAAAUGCUUCUGAGAUGGAUGAGCUCUGUGAGUACCUCACCCAUCUCCUCAGACCCCCAACUCCAGCAGGCCACCCCGGGGGCUCCCCUGGCCCAGGGGUUGAGGAGAACGGACAAUCAGAGCCUCUCAUGAGGCCAGAGCCAACCGGUGAGGGUGACAGCCCAGACGGUACAAUCACUCAGUUCUGGAGGUCUCCUCAGGCCCCCUCUCAUGUACAAGAGCCCCCCGGUGCUCACUACGUCCCCCCGGAGGGGAUGGAGGUGCCAGGUGCCACACGAGGAUACUACACGAGCAACAGCUGAGAUUGUCACCCCUGGAUGGCACAGGGGCAGACACCUGACUAAGCCGAUUGCUCUUCUGCCAGGAAGGUGACACUUGGAGAGAUGGUGGAUCUGGGACCACAGUGGGGACAGCAGCCAAACCCACAGCUUGUCAGCCACAGGGACAAACCUGCUAAUCCCAGCUGGUCUCAGGUCCCAGCACUGCCACCUAUAGACUGUGCGACUUUGGGCCACUCACUGCACCUCUCUGAGCCAUGUUUCCUCGUCUCAAAGUGGGUGUGGUGUCAGAUCUACCUCACAGGAGGCUAAGAAGAGUUAAUGAGGUGAGGUGUGCAUAGUGCUGACCUCAGGGGGGCUUCCUGUCCCCUUCACACACCAGCUCAGUGUGUGUGCAGUCACCCUGCAUCUCUGAAUAGCAGUUUCCCUCAGCAUCCUUAAGGCACCUGUCACAGAGCAGAUUAAAAGAGAGAUGUGUAGACAACCAGACGUGUAAUACACCCUUAAUCUGUUUAGGGUCCUCUGUCAGCCUCCCUCUUCUCUCAGCCAACUUCAGGUUGACAGAGAGCAAGGCCACAGUUGGGAGCCCAGGGUCAGCUCAGAGGCCUGCUCUGCAUCCAGGGUUGGGGGCUCCAUCAUCUGGGCUGACCGGAGUGGGGGCGCCCCCCCCACCAGCCUCUCCUGCCCCCACAUAUGCACACAUGCAUGCACACCUGCACACAAGUGGGUGUGUCCAGGAACGUACACACACACACACACACACACACACACACACACACACACGGGCAAUCCUCAUAAGGGCCCCAAGAGAAAGCCAAGACCCUCUCUAUGGGGUGGCAGGUGGCACCUGCCCAGGGCCUGUCCCUCGGCUUUGCAUCUGUGAAGUGGGGAGGAUGGCCCCUGCCUCUGAGGGUGGUGGUAAAGGCCCCUUCUGGGCAUACAGCAGGUGCUUAAUAAACGUUGGCACCUGCUUUGCUGUCCCCAGAGCUGAGCAUAUGACCCCACCAUUUUCAGUCCCUACAUCAAGGGGGACCACAGGUGAGAAGGAUUUAAGGGGCAUGGGCCCCGCCUCCCUCCCAAUCAGACUAUUGGCCAGGCCCUACACAGGCUUUUCAAGACAAGUCGGGAAGCACUCUGCACUGGGAAGAGAGAGGCACUGGCCAGUCAUCCAUCCGUCCAUCCAUCCUUCCUCCCACCCACCCAUGCCGAUUACUCAGCACAGCACACAGCAGUCGGCACUCAGGCCGGUAAGCUGUUGGUGUCUGGAGCCAGUGAAGCGGGGCCGGGGGGUGGGGAUGGUCGGAGCAGACCCUAGCCAUAAGCCUCCAUUCUGGGGAAGGAGAACGUCAGGAACAGGCUGGGCUGGAGACAGAGAGGGUCAGGAGCCUCGGGAGAAGGGAUGAGGUG